AUGGAGGCGUCGGCUACCAUGGCAGUGGCGGGUGCAGCCCUGGCCGCCUGCCUUGGACGGAAGGCCACUGCGAGCGCCAAGCAUGUGGUUGCGCUUAAGGCCUUCGAGAGCGAGCUCGGCGUGCAAGCGCCAGUGGGCUUCUGGGACCCCGUCGGAUUUACCUCUGAUGGCGAUGUCUCGACAUUCAAGCGCCGCCGAUCCGUGGAGCUGAAGCACGGGCGUAUCUCCAUGAUGGCCGCCAUGGGUUACAUUACCCCUGAGAUCACGGGCAAGCUGCCAGGCUUCCUGUCCCCAUCUGCUGGGCUGAAAUUCGCGGACAUCCCGAACGGGCUGGCUGCCGUGUCCAAGGUGCCCGUGGCAGGAUGGGCGCAGAUCGCCGCCUACUUCGGCUUUGUGGAGUUCAGCGGUGGCUUCGAGGACUACAAGACCGGCACUCCGGGAGACUACGGCUUCAAGGUCCUGACCUCCUCAGAUCCGGAGGAGAAGACCAAGAAACUUUCCGCCGAGCUUGCCAACGGCCGCCUGGCCAUGAUGGCCAUCAUCGGCAUGUUCUUCCAGGAUGGCUUGACUGGCAGCGCCUGGGGUGACUGGGCCAACUACACUGCCUCUCCCCUGCGUGCCUUCGAGAGCGAGCUUGGGGUGCAAGCGCCAGUGGGCUUCUGGGACCCCGUCGGAUUUACCUCUGAUGGCGAUGUCUCGACAUUCAAGCGCCGCCGAUCCGUGGAGCUGAAGCACGGGCGUAUCUCCAUGAUGGCCGCCAUGGGUUACAUUACCCCUGAGAUCACGGGCAAGCUGCCGGGCUUCCUGUCCCCAUCUGCUGGGCUGAAAUUCGCGGACAUCCCGAACGGGCUGGCUGCCGUGUCCAAGGUGCCCGUGGCAGGAUGGGCGCAGAUCGCCGCCUACUUCGGCUUUGUGGAGUUCAGCGGUGGCUUCGAGGACUACAAGACCGGCACUCCGGGAGACUACGGCUUCAAGGUCCUGACCUCCUCGGAUCCGGAGGAGAAGACCAAGAAGCUUUCCGCCGAGCUUGCCAACGGCCGCCUGGCCAUGAUGGCCAUCAUCGGCAUGUUCUUCCAGGAUGGCUUGACGGGCAGCGCCUGGGGUGACUGGGCCAACUACACUGCCUCUCCCCUGCGUGCCUUCGAGAGCGAGCUUGGGGUGCAAGCGCCAGUGGGCUUCUGGGACCCCGUCGGAUUUACCUCUGAUGGCGAUGUCUCGACAUUCAAGCGCCGCCGAUCCGUGGAGCUGAAGCACGGGCGUAUCUCCAUGAUGGCCGCCAUGGGUUACAUUACCCCUGAGAUCACGGGCAAGCUGCCAGGCUUCCUGUCCCCAUCUGCUGGGCUGAAAUUCGCGGACAUCCCGAACGGGCUGGCUGCCGUGUCCAAGGUGCCCGUGGCAGGAUGGGCGCAGAUCGCCGCCUACUUCGGCUUUGUGGAGUUCAGCGGUGGCUUCGAGGACUACAAGACCGGCACUCCGGGAGACUACGGCUUCAAGGUCCUGACCUCCUCAGAUCCGGAGGAGAAGACCAAGAAGCUUUCCGCCGAGCUUGCCAACGGCCGCCUGGCCAUGAUGGCCAUCAUCGGCAUGUUCUUUCAGGAUGGCUUGUCUGGCAGCGCCUGGGGUGACUGGGCCAACUACACUGCCUCUCCCCUGCGUGCCUUCGAGAGCGAGCUUGGGGUGCAAGCGCCAGUGGGCUUCUGGGACCCCGUCGGAUUUACCUCCGAUGGCGAUGUCUCGACAUUCAAGCGCCGCCGAUCCGUGGAGCUGAAGCACGGGCGUAUCUCCAUGAUGGCCGCCAUGGGUUACAUUACCCCUGAGAUCACGGGCAAGCUGCCAGGCUUCCUGUCCCCAUCUGCUGGGCUGAAAUUCGCGGACAUCCCGAACGGGCUGGCUGCCGUGUCCAAGGUGCCCGUGGCAGGAUGGGCGCAGAUCGCCGCCUACUUCGGCUUUGUGGAGUUCAGCGGUGGCUUCGAGGACUACAAGACCGGCACUCCGGGAGACUACGGCUUCAAGGUCCUGACCUCCUCAGAUCCGGAGGAGAAGACCAAGAAGCUUUCCGCCGAGCUUGCCAACGGCCGCCUGGCCAUGAUGGCCAUCAUCGGCAUGUUCUUUCAGGAUGGCUUGACGGGCAGCGCCUGGGGUGACUGGGCCAACUACACUGCCUCUCCCCUGCGUGCCUUCGAGAGCGAGCUUGGGGUGCAAGCGCCAGUGGGCUUCUGGGACCCCGUCGGAUUUACCUCUGAUGGCGAUGUCUCGACAUUCAAGCGCCGCCGAUCCGUGGAGCUGAAGCACGGGCGUAUCUCCAUGAUGGCCGCCAUGGGUUACAUUACCCCUGAGAUCACGGGCAAGCUGCCAGGCUUCCUGUCCCCAUCUUCUGGGCUGAAAUUCGCGGACAUCCCGAACGGGCUGGCUGCCGUGUCCAAGGUGCCUGUGGCAGGAUGGGCGCAGAUCGCCGCCUACUUCGGCUUUGUGGAGUUCAGCGGUGGCUUCGAGGACUACAAGACCGGCACUCCGGGAGACUACGGCUUCAAGGUCCUGACCUCCUCAGAUCCGGAGGAGAAGACCAAGAAACUUUCCGCCGAGCUUGCCAACGGCCGCCUGGCCAUGAUGGCCAUCAUCGGCAUGUUCUUCCAGGAUGGCUUGACUGGCAGCGCCUGGGGUGACUGGGCCAACUACACUGCCUCUCCCCUGCGUGCCUUCGAGAGCGAACUUGGGGUGCAAGCGCCAGUGGGCUUCUGGGACCCCGUCGGAUUUACCUCUGAUGGCGAUGUCUCGACAUUCAAGCGCCGCCGAUCCGUGGAGCUGAAGCAUGGGCGUAUCUCCAUGAUGGCCGCCAUGGGUUACAUCACCCCUGAAAUCACAGGCAAGCUGCCAGGCUUCCUGUCCCCAUCUGCUGGGCUGAAAUUCGCGGACAUCCCGAACGGGCUGGCUGCCGUGUCCAAGGUGCCCGUGGCAGGAUGGGCGCAGAUCGCCGCCUACUUCGGCUUUGUGGAGUUCAGCGGUGGCUUCGAGGACUACAAGACCGGCACUCCGGGAGACUACGGCUUCAAGGUCCUGACCUCCUCAGAUCCGGAGGAGAAGACCAAGAAGCUUUCCGCCGAGCUUGCCAACGGCCGCCUGGCCAUGAUGGCCAUCAUCGGCAUGUUCUUCCAGGAUGGCUUGACUGGCAGCGCCUGGGGUGACUGGGCCAACUACACUGCCUCUCCCCUGCGUGCCUUCGAGAGCGAGCUGGGCGUGCAGGCGCCAGUGGGAUUCUGGGACCCCGUCGGAUUUACCUCCGAUGGCGAUGUCGCGACAUUCAAGCGCCGCCGAUCCGUGGAGCUGAAGCACGGACGUAUCUCCAUGAUGGCCGCCAUGGGUUACAUCACCCCUGAGAUCACGGGCAAGCUGCCGGGCUUCCUGUCCCCAUCUGCUGGGCUGAAAUUCGCGGACAUCCCGAACGGGCUGGCUGCCGUGUCCAAGGUGCCCGUGGCAGGAUGGGCGCAGAUCGCCGCCUACUUCGGCUUUGUGGAGUUCAGCGGUGGCUUCGAGGACUACAAGACCGGCACUCCGGGAGACUACGGCUUCAAGGUCCUGACCUCCUCAGAUCCGGAGGAGAAGACCAAGAAGCUUUCCGCCGAGCUUGCCAACGGCCGCCUGGCCAUGAUGGCCAUCAUCGGCAUGUUCUUCCAGGAUGGCUUGACUGGCAGCGCCUGGGGUGACUGGGCCAACUACACUGCCUCUCCCCUGCGUGCCUUCGAGAGCGAGCUUGGCGUGCAGCCGCCUGUGGGAUUCUGGGACCCCGUUGGAUUCACGGCCGAUGGCAACGCCGACGUGUUCGCCCGCCGACGCCAGACAGAGAUCAAGCACGGCAGAAUUUCCAUGCUCGCGACAAUGGGGUACAUGACUCCGGAGAUCACCGGCAAGUUUCCGGGCUACCUGUCCCCGUCUCUGGGCCUGAAGUUCGCCGACGUGCCGAACGGCUUGGCGGCCAUUUCCAAGGUGCCAGUUCUUGGUUGGGCGCAAAUCUUGGCUUACAUGGGCUUCUGCGAGGUGUCCAAGCCGCAGUCCCCCGGAACUCCUGGUGCGACGGGCGACUUCGGCUGGAAGGUGCUGACUUCCACGGACCCAGAGGAGAAGAAGAAGAAGCUUGCUUCGGAGCUUGCCAACGGCCGCCUCGCCAUGGUCGCCAUCAUGGGCAUGCUCUUCCAGGAUGGCGUCACCGGCAGUGCCUGGGGUGGCCUGGCUCUUAACACCGCCUCUGCUUGGCGUGCAUUCGAGAGCGAGCUUGGCGUGCAGCCGCCUGUGGGAUUCUGGGACCCCGUUGGAUUCACGGCCGAUGGCAACGCCGACGUGUUCGCCCGCCGACGCCAGACGGAGAUCAAGCACGGCAGAAUUUCCAUGCUCGCGACAAUGGGGUACAUGACUCCGGAGAUCACCGGCAAGUUCCCGGGCUACCUGUCCCCGUCCUUGGGCCUGAAGUUCGCCGACGUGCCGAACGGCUUGGCGGCCAUUUCCAAGGUGCCAGUUCUUGGUUGGGCGCAAAUCUUGGCUUACAUGGGCUUCUGCGAGGUGUCUAAGCCCCAGUCCCCCGGAACUCCUGGUGCGGCGGGCGACUUCGGCUGGAAGGUGCUGACUUCCACGGACCCAGAGGAGAAGAAGAAGAAGCUUGCUUCGGAGCUUGCCAACGGCCGCCUUGCCAUGGUCGCCAUCAUGGGCAUGCUCUUCCAGGAUGGCGUCACCGGCAGUGCCUGGGGUGGCCUGGCUCUUAACACCGCCUCUGCUUGGCGUGCAUUCGAGAGCGAGCUUGGCGUGCAGCCGCCUGUGGGAUUCUGGGACCCCGUUGGAUUCACGGCCGAUGGCAACGCCGACGUGUUCGCCCGCCGACGCCAGACGGAGAUCAAGCACGGCAGAAUUUCCAUGCUCGCGACAAUGGGGUACAUGACUCCGGAGAUCACCGGCAAGUUUCCGGGCUACCUGUCCCCGUCCUUGGGCCUGAAGUUCGCCGACGUGCCGAACGGCUUGGCGGCCAUUUCCAAGGUGCCAGUUCUUGGUUGGGCGCAAAUCUUGGCUUACAUGGGCUUCUGCGAGGUGUCCAAGCCGCAGUCCCCCGGAACUCCUGGUGCGGCGGGCGACUUCGGCUGGAAGGUGCUGACUUCCACGGACCCAGAGGAGAAGAAGAAGAAGCUUGCUUCGGAGCUUGCCAACGGCCGCCUUGCCAUGGUCGCCAUCAUGGGCAUGCUCUUCCAGGACGGCGUGACUGGCAGCGCUUGGGGUGGCCUGGCCCUCAACACUGCGUCGGCUUGGCGAUGA